UCUUUUCUAUCCAUUUCUCCCUGCAAAGUUUUAUCAGCUGCUCCUUUCAUUGAAAGCAAAGAGUUUGAUUACUGAUUCCCAAUUCAUCCUGUGUCUCUUUAUUUUAUAUUUUGCAUUGGAACCCACCACUUUUCGUUGAUACUUCAUUUGUAUACAUAUUUUUGUUUCUCUUGAUUUGAUGGAAGGUUUAUAGAACAAAAGGUUUGUUGCCUUACUUUUCUUAUGAUAUAAUAUUCAUAUAACUCCUCACAAGUUACCCUUGCCUCCCAAAAAAUGUCAAAUUUUAUUAAUUAUGCUAGUGCUAGAAGGAAACAAACCAUUUUCAAAUUGAAUAGAUUCCUGAACUACCCUUCAGUGACCCUCACAAUUUACACAAUUUACACCUAAUCCUGUCUCUCAGCGCGUUCCACAAUUUACACCUCCAUCACCUCAUGCUUGGGUCUUUAUUUGAUGAUUUUCUAAUUUGGAUUUUUCUGAGUUGUUAUUCUUCAUCUCAGUUGAUUAAAUAGAGGUGCGAUGGGAAGUGAAGAUUCAAGAGAUCCAUUCAAAGGGGUGGAUUGGAAAGCUGUCGGUGGUGAGAUGCAGCAAAACCCUAGCGUUCAACCACCUAUCAAGAAACGACUCCCAAAGAAAGUGAGGCAAAUACCAGACUACUAUUUCCUUCCUCGAUGGCCACUAUCCUCUGCCAUGUUGUUCUGUGGUGCUUGUAUUGCCGGUGGAAUCGGUGCUGGAAUGCUUGUGGAAGCCUGGAUUGAUAAGAAAGUGAAAGAGGAUGGAGGGGUUAUAUGGGAAUUUGACAAAUAAAAUCUUGAUCUCGGUACAACCAAUGUCACAUAAACUGCCUUUCCAGCACAUCCACCUCCUCAUAAAGUGAUCUCUUGAGCAUCCCUCAAAUUUCUCCUGAAUUGUAAGUUUAGGGGAUUAGUGUAACUCAGAAGUUUUUUUGUUGGUGCUGAGGACUCAAUUGAUUGGAUAGUUGAUGGAAUUAGGAAAGAAGACUACUUGUUUAUAAAGGUUCAAAUGUGUUAAACUUUUUCUUCUUCUUCUUCAUUGCUUUAUUAGUGAUAUUCCUUGCAACUUAAUUGCUUUUAAGAACUCAGACUGCUUUUACGUUGUGUUUGAAAUUGAUGGAAAGGAUGGAAUCUAGUGGAAUGUAAUGAUAUCAGGUUCUGUUUUGAUUAUUCAAAAUAUGAUGGUAUGGAUGAGAACAUGGAGAAAUA